CAGGUCACGCAAACAAAAACUCCUCCCCUCCCCUCUCCUCCAUCUAGAGUCUAGAACUCCACGGCCUUUUCGUUUGUCUCUCCUCCUCAUCAACAGUUACAUCAUCUCGUCUCUCUUUCUCUUUAAUCGAUGUCAUGGCCACUGCCACCGUGGACUCAUCCAUCUGCGACCUCCAGAAUCAUCUACACACCGAAUCUCUCCCUCUAAUCGACCUUCGCCAUCUUUCCCAAUCCGAACUCCUCUCCCUCUCCUUCUGUUCCUCCUCUCCCCACCGUCUCCGAACCGACACCGCUGACGUAUCCACUCCUAAAAUCGACCGUUCCGUCUUCAAUGAAUCUGCUGGAAGCCGCAAACAAACUUUCUCCCGCCUCCGCCUCGCCCCUCGCAACAACAAUGCUUCCCCUUCGAAUUCAACUCCUGUUGUUCCCUUCCAAAAUACAGAACGGCAGCCUCUCGAUGAAGAGAAUUCACAGAUAAUUUCUCUUCUGAAGUCGUUGUUUGGCUCUGAUUCUAACUCAAUUGAAAACAAGAAUGAGCAUUAUGACAAAUUAGUCUCCAUUCCUGUUAUCUACAAUGAUUAUAUGCGUCUGCCUUCAACAAAUAAUGCGGAAUCGCAAAAUGUUUCAAUCGACAUUUGGGAUUCUAGUCAAGGAGGAGUGAAAAGAUUAGAGGUAAAUCAUUCGAUUUCGAUUCGAACUGCUGAAUCUAGUUCAAAGAAGAGGAAGCGAGGCAGGCCACGGAAGAAUGAGAAUGUCAAUUUCGAUAAUAACGAUAAUAGCGAGUUAGUUGAGAAUAAGACUAUUGCUGUUGUGUGGGACAAUGUGGAAGUGGAGAGUAAGAAGAAAGAGGAGAUGGUGAUGGUAAAUAAGAAUGGAGUGGUGGUGGACUUUGUGGCAUUGGGGAAUAUGGAGGAUCCAUACGGGGAGGAGUUGCGGAGGAGGACCGAGGGAAUGCAAUUGAAGGCAGAGUUUUUAGGGUUUUUGGAAGGGUUCGAGGGUGAAUGGGGUAGUAUGAGAAAGAAGAGGAGGAUUGUGGAUGCUAGCCUGUUUGGGGAUGUGUUGCCGAUUGGGUGGAAGCUCUCUAUUUGCAUCAAGAAACAAGCCGGUCGUGUUUGGCUGGCUUGUACAAGAUACAUAAGCCCUAAUGGGCAGCAGUUUGUGUCCUGCAAGGAAGUUUCAUCGUAUUUGCUCUCCUUUUCCGGACUGCAUGAUGUAAGCCGGUUGAAUUUUGGUCACAUGGAUGGCAGGAUUAAGUUGACCGACAAGAUAACUCCUUCCAUUCCUGCAGAUCAUACACGUAAAGAUGGCAAGAAUGAGAAUGAUUUUAUUAGCUAUAUGGCAUUGCCUGUUAUCUGUAGAUCUAUUGGGACGGGGGGAUGUCCUGUGGAGGUUCAAAUGGGGAAUAAGUAUAAAUGCCACAAGUGCACCGUGGCUUUUGAUAAGCAGGAUGGCUUGCUUCAACACCUGCUAUCUCAUCAGCAGGCUCCAAAACGGCUUAGAUUUGGGACAUCCACAAAUGAAGAGGUGAUCAUAAAAAAUGGAAAGUACGAAUGUCAAUUUUGUCACAAACUUUUUGAAGAAAGGCAACGUUUCAAUGGUCACCUUGGGAACCACAUAAAAGAAUAUCUUAAGAGACUUGAUGCUUCCAAUGGCAAAACCACUGGAGAGAGCGAUGAACCUGCAUUGGUCAAAAUUCCUCCUGGAGCUGGAAAGAUCCAAACAUUGAUUGAAUUUGACAGGGAUUCUGAUGCAAUAACUGUUAACACUAAAAUCAGUGAUGAAAUAAACUCCACCAUUCCAUAUUGUGAAUUAAAGGCUAUUACUUCUGUAGAAACCCAUUGUGGUGAGCAGGACAGAGUUUUUAUUAGCAGCAAUGAUGGAGCGGGGAGGAUUAAUGAAGAUACUGAUGCUGUGGCAGCUGAAAAUAGAGUUUCUUCUGAACCAGCCUUGUUGAAUAAUGAUAUUCAUAGAUCUUCUGAUGAAACAGAUGUUCCCAAGUGCCCCACUGAUGGCACCGGUGAUCUUGGUAGGAAGGAUAAAAGCUUUAAAAACUGUUCAGUUGCUGGUGGAGCGAGGGACGUGACUUGUAUUGGUCACAACGAUUCAAAUCAUGUAUCCCCUUGCUUAAUUGAGGAACUCAAUCAGGAGAGAGAUUCUAAUUGUGGUUUGCUUGCAUCAAAUGCUAAGGUGAACACAUCUAAUGAUGACAUAAUUGAGGAUAGACAUUGUUCUAGUCCAAUUGAUAACAUGGUAAUUGAUGGUUGGGAUAUAGAUGGAAAAGGUGAGCCAAUAACUGGCAGUUGCAACAGUUAUGCUGCAAUGGUGGGGAAUGCUGCUGUUAACUUGAGGGAGCAAACAAUUUCUAAAGGCUGUUAUGUUGCAGAUAGUGAGACAGGUCUUUUUAAUUUCAAUGCAGUGGAAACCAUGCUGGAAAAAGGUUCUAAAGGGGGUUUAACAGGUAUUGAGAACAACAUGAACAGUGUUUGUACUGGCAUGUCAAAUGAGAGCAGAUUUGAUGAUGUGGUGAAGUCUGGGACUAAUGAGAUAACAAUUGUGUGUUGUGGCGAUAACACUGUACUGGCUGAUGAUAAUGUGACUAGCAAUGAACAGGGGGGAAAUCAUGGGGCCAGCUCAGUUAUUCCAUUUUUGAAUCAGCAUACACAUCUUGUUGAAAAUACUAUCACAGGGGCUCCUAAAUGCAUACUAAGAGAACCCUGUCAAGGAAAGGAAUCUGAAGAUUGCCCGAUUACUACAUCUGGUAAUGAGCAAUUAUUCGACUUUGAAAGUAAUGUAAUUAAGGUUUCUAAUGGCACAAUAGAUGUGGCCAAUCACGAUCAGGUUGGCAGUGAGAUUGAUCUAGUCCCACAAACCUUAACUAGUAUUAAGCAGGAAGAAAUUUCUAAAACCUUUACAUUUGCUCCAUUUACAAAUGGAUUUGCUUCAAAAGACUAUGGUAUCUCCAAUAGCGUACUGGAGAAGCUUGAGCAGGGUAGAAAUUCUGGACGCGGAUCAUCUGACAAUGAGCAAUCCCAUGACGUAAAGGAUAUUGUGAAUGGUUUAUCAUUCACCACAGUGGAGGAAGACAAUCAACAGGAAGUUAAAAUCUCUUGCAAUGGUGAGCUACAUAUUGCUUCAGAUGACAAUUGCACUGAACAGGAUGCAGAUGUUGGGACAGGCACUGUGCAGAAAUGUUCUCUUUUUGCUGGGAGUCAGCUCGCAUUCACUGCCAAAGAUAAUCCCACUGGUCCCUACAGUGGCGCUGUGGAUGAGCUGAAGCAGAAAAUGGAUUCUGUAGAGAGUGCGGUUUGUCCAUCUGGCAGCGAGCCAGUGUGGAGUGUUGAAAAGAAUUUGCAGACUGCUUUUACAUGUUCGGUUCAGGAGGAGCCUAGGGUAGAGAACUCAGAAAAUCCUAGGAAGGAUGAUUCAGGGAUUGGUUUUAGCAGCCACCCUGGACCAGAUGAAAGUGAUGUCAUAUCUGAGUUUAUGUGGAGAAACGAUGAAGAAAGUAACCUGCUAAGUGAUUUUGCUGAUACUCCAUGUCAACCAGUACAAACAUCAAGCUUUUUUCCUCCAUAUGAUGCAUUGUCAGAUAAGGGUGAAAGUGAACUCUUUGCAGAGAAAUUUGGUGCUACAUCAGGUUUUAAAGGGCUGAAAUUGGGUGGCAUGGAUAAUAUGGAAUGUAAUCUUCCGACUUCUCAAGUAAGCUCACAUUCAGAUGAAUCCAAGGUUGGUACAUAUGAUGCUGUUAUACCUAAAGGGAUUGCUUCAUCUAUUUGGCUUGCAAAGGAAGAUUUGCCUUUUGUGCCAAAAGAUUCAAGCAGGCACCAUGUUCCUGCUGUGUGUGUCUGGUGUGGGAGGGAGAUUUGUCAAGAGGCUCUUGAAUCUGAAGGACAAACAAGCACCAUGGGUUUUAUGUGUGCAGAGUGCACUGCCAAGUUGUCCGGGCAAUUCAACGGAUAGCAAAAUGGGUUGCCUAUUAAUCUUUCAGGCUCCCAUGAGAAAUGCUCUCAUAUAUGCAAAUUCUCAUAAGGAGAACACCUCAGCCUUUAUGUGUCUCACUCUGCUUCAUAUGGUACCUCAAUGUUUGCUUCCUCUAGGAUUACCCCGUUGAUCAAGUUCAAUGGAGAAGACCAGUUUUCUUACGAUGUAGUGAAAGCUUGCACAAAAGCGGUCAUUGGCUUAUCAGGGCUAUAUUAUACGAGAGGCUGAAUUUUGAAGGUCUUGUGACUCUGCUUUGACUUUUGCCAAGGGGUUAGUAUCGUUUCAUCUGUGUUUGGAUGACUUAGUUUUGCAAUUGCUUUAUCUUGUGAACUCGCUAGUUUUCCAUCACAAGAAAGAAUCAAAAAGCUAAUUGUGACCAUUGGUUUAGAGGCUGAAUUGGGUCUCCACUGAAAUGCAUCCUUUUCUUCUAUUUUCAGUUUAUGAAACUAACUAGUUAUUGA